AUGUUAUCCUUGAUCUACUGUAGAACUCUAUCGCAUGGUAGAUUAGCAAAGCCAUGCAUCAAUGGUCGAUUUUUAUCACAGCAAGUGGAUGAUGAUCAUCAUCAUCAUUGGCCAGAACUGACUUACCCUCGACGUGUAGACGAAGAGGUUAGCAAACGGAAAGCAAGACUUUUAUACCAAAGCAGAAAACGUGGAAUUAAAGAAAAUGACUUACUCCUAAGCAACUUUGCCCAUCAUUUUCUACAUAAAAUGGACAACCAACAGCUGGACCAGUAUGACAGACUCCUUAAUGAAUCUAGCAAUGAAUGGGAACUUUAUUACUGGAUCAUAGGAACGAAAUCGGUACCUACUGAAUUUGAUAAUGAAAUCAUGGCUAUGCUUCAAAAGUACGCUUCCAAUAAGGACAGAGAAACAAGAUUCCAUCAGCCACCUCUAUAA